ACAGGAGUGCAAAUGCAUGCCCAGAUGGUCUGAGAAUGCUGAACUCCAGUUGCCUUUAGGAAUGGCUGCAGAGCCCACACCUGGAUCUCUCCCCUCCCUGCUCCUCCACAGCAGGCAGGCUGCAUUUGGGAGACUCUAUGAUCAUUAGAGGAGAGAGGCAGGAGUGAGCCGUUCACUAGCUUGCCAGCACUUGGUAGGAAGCGGCAGGAUGGACGUGGUCGACAGCCUUCUUAUGAAUGGGAGCAACAUCACUCCCCCCUGUGAACUCGGACUGGACAAUGAGACGCUUUUCUGCCUGGAUCAACCUCAGCCUUCUAAAGAGUGGCAGUCUGCAGUGCAGAUUCUCCUGUACUCCUUCAUAUUCCUUCUCAGUGUGCUGGGGAACACGCUGGUUAUCACGGUGCUGAUUCGAAACAAGAGGAUGCGGACUGUCACCAACAUCUUCCUGCUGUCCCUGGCUGUCAGUGACCUCAUGCUUUGCCUCUUCUGCAUGCCAUUCAACCUCAUUCCCAAUCUGCUCAAGGAUUUCAUCUUUGGAAGUGCUGUGUGCAAGACUACCACCUACUUCAUGGGCACUUCCGUGAGUGUUUCCACCUUCAACCUGGUAGCCAUCUCUCUGGAGAGGUACGGCGCCAUCUGCAGACCCCUACAAUCCCGCGUCUGGCAAACAAAGUCCCAUGCUUUGAAGGUCAUCGCUGCCACCUGGUGCCUCUCCUUUACCAUCAUGACUCCGUACCCCAUUUACAGCAACUUGGUGCCAUUUACUAAAAAUAACAACCAGACAGCGAACAUGUGCCGCUUCCUGUUGCCAAGUGACGCUAUGCAGCAGUCCUGGCAAACAUUCCUGCUGCUCAUCCUCUUUCUUAUCCCUGGGAUUGUGAUGGUGGUGGCCUACGGAUUGAUCUCCCUGGAACUCUACCAAGGAAUCCAAUUUGAUGCCAGCCAAAAGAAACCUGCUAAAGAGAAGAGGCUGAGCGGCGGCAGUGGAGGCGGCGGCAGCAGCAGCAGCAGCUACCAAUACGAGGAUAGUGACGGCUGUUACUUGCAGAAGUCCAGGCCCCCAAGGAAGCUGGAGCUGCGGCAGCUGUCAACCAGCAGCAGUGGUAGCAGAAUCAACCGGAUCAGGAGCAGCGGUUCUGCUGCCAACCUGAUCGCCAAGAAGCGCGUGAUCCGCAUGCUCAUUGUCAUCGUGGUCCUCUUCUUCCUGUGCUGGAUGCCCAUCUUCAGUGCCAAUGCCUGGAGGGCAUAUGACACGGUUUCUGCCGAGAAACACCUCUCAGGGACGCCCAUCUCCUUCAUCCUCCUCCUCUCGUACACCUCGUCCUGUGUCAACCCCAUCAUCUACUGCUUCAUGAACAAACGCUUUCGCCUGGGCUUCAUGGCCACCUUCCCCUGUUGCCCAAAUCCUGGUCCCACCGGAGUGAGAGGAGAGGUAGGAGAGGAGGAGGAUGGGAGGACCAUAAGGGCAUCCCUGUCCCGGUAUUCCUACAGCCACAUGAGCACCUCUGCCCCACCCCCCUGAGCUGUACCUGGUUCACUGCGCAGCAGGAAGGAGGGGACCGGGAACAAGGAGGAAGUGGGAGGGAAGGAGAAGGAAGACCCAUUUCUCACGAGGACUCUUCCAUGUCUGCUUUUCACCCUUCACAUAGUUCUAGAAGGAACUUAAGGCGGGGUCAUGAAAAAACGCUAAGACAUUUUCCAUAAUGUUUACCCAUGGGAGAAACCUCAGCAGGCCAGCUAUAGGGACCCCACUGGGCUUGUGCUACAAAUGUCACUGCCAAGUUCACGUUCAAAAUGGGGGUGUAGAACUUGAUGAGCUUUAGAAUUUUCUGGAACGCCCCAGGUGACGUCUUUCCAUGGUAACACACUGCUCUGCUCUGUUUUCUUCUGCUCCUGCAGAAUUCUGGUCCUCCCCAGGGAAGCCAUGCCUACUCCUCACACAUCCUACAGCUACACACCUUCUCAUGGCCACCAAGGACAUAUGAUCACGCGUGCGUGCACGCGCGCGCACACACACCUCCUCUGGCCUCUUCUGAAUAGAGGAGAGUAGUCUGACAAAUUUUUAAAGCUUGAGGUGGGUCAAGUACACUCAGGGGUGAAAGCUGAGGUUAUCGUCAGAAAAACAGGAAGAAUGUGUCUAAAAGACAGGUGUUAGAAUUUUUAAUUUGGGGUGUGCGAGGACAGUAACUAGAACUGUUUUCUGUCAGCAAUGUCAAGCCGCAGAAGGGAUGGCGAUCUCUACAGUGUAAUCUCUCCUCUGUAGCUAAUCACAACCUUUUUUUUUUUUAAACCUCAACUUACUUUCUUCUGUUCACCUGUAUUUCCUCCUUUCCUCCGGGUAAGAAGGCAGAGGUCCUUACCUGGGGAAGGUUGGUAACGUGUCGUCAGUCCCCCCAAGGAAAACCGGCAUGUGGGACUCACUUAAUAAGUAGCAUUGAAUGCCAAAAUUAUGUAUGCUUUUAAAUACCAUCGAUGUAGUUCUCGACAAUUGGCUCAGUGUGUGUGUGUGUGAGUGUGUGCGUCUGUGUAUAUGUGUGCGUAAACUGAACAUAUGGCUAUGUUAUCUGUGUGUUAAUAACUUGUAAGUGGAUAUUGGAACUCAACAAGUGUUAUCAUUCUUCCAUAAAAGUCAGAGUAUUGUGUGA